UCCAAAAGAAAAUCGGUCUCCUGACAAAGUUAAUCUUUUGCCCUCCACUUCAACAAUGGCAAAAAACUUGCUGACUCAAACGUUAUAAUCUCACUCAGUCCUUUUCUUUUGUCUCUUUCCUUUUUUUUGUUUUUUUUUUUGUUUUCCCCCCGUCGUGGUUUGCCUUGUAUUUUGUGAAAAUAAAGAGAGAGGGCAUUUUCAGAUACAGGACAGUACUAAAGCGGCCACUGUGAAAUCUUUGUCUUCAUAUCCAUAGUUGUUUUUCUUUUUCCCCAUUCUUUCAUUAUUAACAAACCCAAAGCUUCUUUCUUCACAUUCUUCUCUGGUUCUUGCUAUCAAUGGCUUCUUUUAGUUACCCAUUCCUGCUUUGCGUUCUGGUUUGGUCGCAAAUUGGAAUUUGUCUCGGUUCUAAGGUUUAUGUGGUUUACAUGGGAAGCAAAACUGGCGAAGACCCGGAUGAGAUUAUGAGGAAUAACCAUCAGAUUCUUGCUUCUGUUCAUGGAGGAAGUGUUGAGCAGGCACAGGCGUCGCAUGUUUACAGUUACAGACACGGUUUUCGAGGCUUCGCAGCCAGGUUGACCGACGACCAAGUUUCCCAAAUCUCGAAAAUGCCAGGGGUGGUGUCGGUGUUUCCCAAUUGCAAGAGAGUUUUACACACUACUCAUUCGUGGGAUUUCAUGGGGCUUUUGGAUGAUGAUACAAUGGAGGUUUUGGGAUACGACACAAAGAACCAAGUCAAUAUCGUCGUUGGUUUCAUUGACACAGGAAUUUGGCCUGAAUCUCCAAGUUUUAGUGAUGUGGGCAUGCCUCCCGUGCCAGCUAGUUGGAAAGGGCGGUGCCAACCAGGAGAAGCAUUCAAUUCUUCAACAUGCAACAGGAAACUGAUUGGAGCCAGAUACUAUAUGAGUGGAUACAGAUCAGAGGAAGAAGAUUUAGGAAACACAGACAUAGUAUCAUUCAGAUCAGCAAGGGACAGCACUGGCCAUGGCAGCCACACAUCCUCGAUAGCUGCGGGGCGUUAUGUGGCCAACAUGAACUACAAGGGGUUGGCUGCUGGGGGAGCUAGAGGUGGUGCUCCAAUGGCGAGGAUUGCCAUGUACAAGACAUGUUGGGACUCGGGAUGCUAUGACGUGGACUUGCUAGCUGCCUUCGAUGAUGCAAUCAGAGAUGGGGUUAACAUCCUGUCUUUAUCUCUGGGACCAGAUGCUCCCCAAGGAGACUAUUUCAGUGAUGCCAUCUCUGUGGGGUCAUUCCAUGCUGCUAGCCACGGAAUUUUGGUGGUUGCUUCUGCUGGAAAUCAAGGGUGGCCAGCUUCCGCAACAAAUUUAGCCCCUUGGAUGCUCACUGUUGCUGCUAGUUCGACGGACAGGGAUUUCACUUCCGAUAUCAUACUGGAAAAUGGUCGUAAUUUGACGGGUGAAAGUCUGAGCCUUGUGGGAAUGAAAGACCCAACAAGCAUCAUUUCUGCAUCUGAAGUGAAUGCAGGAUAUUUCACUCCUUAUCAAUCCAGUUACUGCUUAGAGAGUUCCUUGAAUAGCACCAAGGCCAGAGGGAAGGUUCUGGUUUGUCGACAUGCUGAGAGUUCAAUGGAGUCUAAACUGGAAAAGAGCAUUGUAGUUAAAGAAGCCGGCGGUGUUGGGAUGAUUCUUAUUGAUGAAGAAGACAAGAACAUUGCCAUUCCCUUCACGAUUCCUUCAGCUAUUGUUGGAAGGAGGACAGGGGCUCACAUACUAUCUUAUAUUAAUCGCACACGAACACCACUGUCUAGGAUUAUGCCCGCAAAGACUGUAUUGGGAUCUCAACCGGCACCUCGUGUGGCAGCAUUCUCGUCUAAAGGUCCCAAUGCCUUGACACCAGAAAUUUUGAAGCCUGAUGUCACAGCUCCUGGAUUGAACAUACUCGCAGCUUGGUCUCCUGCAGCAGGAAGACUGGAGUUUAACAUUCUUUCGGGCACUUCCAUGGCUUGCCCGCAUGUAACUGGAAUCGCGACUUUGGUCAAAGCAGUCCAUCCAUCGUGGUCUCCAUCUGCUAUCAAAUCUGCAAUCAUGACAACUGCUAGUGCUUUGGAUAAAAAGCGCAGUCCCAUCCUGGUGGAUCCUGAUGGCAAAAGGGGUAAUGCAUUUGACUAUGGCUCAGGCUUCAUGAACCCAACAAAAGUCCUUGAUCCGGGUUUGGUCUACGAUGCACACCCAUCCGAUUACAUAGGAUUUCUAUGUUCAAUUGGUUAUGAUGAAAAGUCUCUGCAGCAGAUAACAGGAUACAACACAACAUGUGAUCAUCACUCACUGGUAACAGCGUCUGACCUAAACUAUCCAUCUAUAACAGUUCCAAAUCUUAAAGACGAAAUGUCUGUAACCCGAACUGUGACAAACGUUGGGAAGCCAAAGAGUGUCUACAGAGCCAGAGUGUCUUUGCCUAGAGGAAUCAAUGUCACCGUUGUGCCAGAUCGAUUAGUCUUUACCAGCUUCGAGCAGAAAAUGAAGUUCACUGUGACUUUCAAGGUGGCUGCUCCAACAAAGGGCUAUGCAUUCGGGUUUUUGUCAUGGAGGAGUAGAAGAUCAAGGGUUGUUAGCCCUCUUGUUGUCCGAGUUGCAAAUUCGGACUCAGGUUUGCUGAGAUAAUAGUCCAUGUAAUUACUAUAGGAACUUUGAGAUUCAUAUAGAUAGAGAUUUUAUUUUUUAUUAUUAUUCAAAAAGUAAUAUGUGAUAAAGUGAAGAACAAAAAUCCAUGUUUAGACUAUAGAACUAGAUUCUCAUCAAGCAACGUCAUUAGAUUUCUAUAUUUCGUAAUAACCGCUGAUGAAAACGUAACUAUUAAAAACUAUAUAUAUAUAUA